AUGGUCCCUUCCUUCGCCACCCGCGCCAGGAUCAGCAGAAACGCGUCCUUCCAGGAGCACAGCGGGGGCUGGCGGGGUGGGAGCAGCAGAAGCAGAUUGGAUCGACGCAUCAGGAACCCGCGAGCUACUGCUGCUUACGGCGCGGGUUCGGUACGGUGCGUCUGCGCGCUGCCGCCCCCUGGAAUCUCUCCCCUGGCUUGGGAUGCAGGCGUUUCUACGGUGGUUGGGGCGGCCAGCAUCGUGUGGGUCAAGCUUUGGACUGGCCUCGCGCGACGAGACAAGAUGAAGCCGCAGGUGUCUCGUAAGGUGGUGCACACGACGGCAGCCCCGUUGUUCAUGAUCUUGUGGCCUUUCUUCACGAACCGCCCCUGCGCGAGGCUGUUCGCUGCCGCGGUGCCGAUGUUGCAGGCGGUUCGGCUGGCAGCGGCGGGACUCUCUGGGGACCCUGAAAACAAUGACUCCAGCAGCAACGAGCUCGUCAAGGCGAUAUCGCGCUCUGGAAAGGCGUCCGAGACGCUGGAUGGGCCGCUCAAGUACUCUCUGGCCAUCGUGCUCAUCACUGUCGUAGAGUGGCGGACUUCCGUGGUUGGGCUUAUCGCGAUGAUGCAGAUGGCGGUCGGCGAUGGGAUGGCGGACUUGGUUGGGCGGCAGUUCGGGAAGCACAAGUGGCGAAAGGGGGGCGAGAAGAGCAUGGAGGGCUCGGCCGCUUUCGUCUCGGGAUCGUUCCUUGCGUCCGUGGCCAUGAUACAGUGGUUCCACCACUUCGGGCUGUUGUCGGUUACGCCGACGGAGGCGGCGGCGAGAGCGGCGGCGAUAUCGUUCGCCAGCGCGGCGGUGGAGCUGUUUCCGCCACGGUUGGUAGGGGACGACAACAUCAGCGUCCCCGUCACGGCGCUGGUUCUCGGACGGCUGCUUUUCGGGAAGUGA